AUGGAUAAUGUAGUAGUGACAGUAGUCAACUAUGUCGGGAAAAGUUGUUCAUCAACUAGUGUAGUGGUUGAUGAUUGUGCUGAGAUGAUAGAUGAGAAUGACUAUCUAGGAGAUGCUUUUAAGGAUGGACCUCAGAAGUUUUUUUUGUCGGAUGAAUGGGGUUCAUAUUUGUCACAUGCUGGGCAGAAGUUUGAGAGCAUUGCAGAUUUUAGAGAUAAACUGAGGAAGUUUGCUGUUCAAAGUGGUUUCCAUUAUGUGCUAUCUAGGAAUGAUUCAAUUUACGUUAAUGUUGUUUGUGUAAAUCGUGAUGUUGACCACUGUGGCUGGGAAGUACUUGGAUCUAUUGCUUCUAUUAAUCAGUGCUUUUACAUUACGCGGUUUAAUAAUGUUCAUACAUGCAGAGGUAUGAUAAGGAAUCGUUCUCAUCGGCAAUUAGGGUCUAAAAUUGUUAGGACCUGCAUUGAGUCUACUGUCUGUCUGAAUCUUGGUUUGAAGCCCCGUGAGAUUAUGAGCAAUUUCAAGUCCACUUAUGGUUAUGAAAUUAGUUAUAAGGUUGCUUCAAGAGCAAAAAAAAGGUGUGUGGAAAAGAUGUAUGGCUCGGAAUGUGAUUCGUUUUCUAUGUUAAGCUGGUUUAGGGAAGCUGUGUUGGAGACUAAUCCCGGUUCUUCAGUUGUUCUUGAAGUUGAUGAGAGUACCGAGAGGUUUAAAAGGGUUUUUGUAGCUUAUGCCGGCCAAAUUCAGGGUUUCAAGUUCAGCCUACCUGUUUUAUAUGUUGAUGGUGCCUUUGGAAAGAGCAAAUACAAGGGGUAG